AUGCCUCGUUCCAGGUCGCGGUCACCCGCACCACGGCGCUCGCCCCCGCGGCGACGCAGCCGAUCGCCAGACCGUCAAGAAAAACCCCGCGACCGAGAUCGCGACAGCGAAAGAGACCGAACCCGCGACCGCGAGCCUCGCGACAAACCCAAGAAGAGCGGCUUCAAAUGGAAAGAGAAGCGCCGCGACGAGGACCGCCUCGAGGAGCCUAAGCGCCUUGAGCGAGGCUACCGAAACCGUUCGCCCUCGCCUCGAAGACGUGAACCAGCGGCCAAGGGGUCCUCGGUCGAGGACAAAUUCGGUGUUGCUGCCAAGUUUGGGCCGUCGGUGGCUGAUAAGUUUGGGAGCUCGUCGAAGACGGAGAAGAGUGCUGCGGCGGACACUUCUAAGCCACCAGCUCGGGCGGCUGCUGCUGCUGCUGCGGCUGCACCGGUUGCAAGUGGUGAGCCUAUGAUUAUCGUCCAUAUCAAUGAUCGGUUGGGGACUAAGGCUGCAAUUCCAUGUCUUGCGAGCGAUCCCGUCAAGCUGUUCAAAGCUCAGGUUGCGGCGCGCAUUGGAAGACAGCCACAUGAGAUCAUGCUGAAGAGACAAGGAGAGCGACCAUUCAAAGAUCAACUGACGCUGGAGGAUUAUGGGGUUAGCAAUGGGGUGCAGCUGGACUUGGAGAUUGACACUGGAGAUUAA